AUGGAGCAGUGCAGUCGCAGGCACAUGAGGACGCCGAAUAAUAGAGCACGGCCCACCCGUCGGCCUCCGCGCGCCGCACAGCCGCGCGCGACCCGCUGCGACGUGACGAGCCCAAGAAUCACCGGCCGCACGUGCACCCGGGCGCUGACGCCAGCCAGCGCGGCGCCCUGCUGUACCCACUCUAGCGGCCACGGCCGCGCCCCGACCCCGGCCGGAAGCCCGGCCCGCGCGCAGCGCGUCGCCGCGGGCAGCGGCGCUGACCCGCUGGCGGGCGCUCUCGAGCCAGCGCAAGCCCCGGCGGCACCUACAGCGCUCCGCCCCGCGGCGCGGGCGCACGCCGCCUCUUGUACUCAGCGUCUGCACCGUCACGCCGAGCAGUGA